AUGUCUUCGGAAGCCAUCAGCAUUAAGGCCGCUAGCGGCAUCUCUUACUUUACCCCAGCACAAGAGCCUCCGUCUGGUUCCCAAAUCAACGGUUCGACCAAGCUCUUCACUCCCCUCACCAUCCGCGGCACUACCUUCCAGAACCGUCUCUUCCUCCCUCCUCUUUGCCAGUACUCGGCCAAGGAUGGCUACGCCAACGACUGGCACCUCACCCACCUCGGUGGCAUCAUUCAGCGUGGCCCCGGUUUGACCAUCAUGGAAGCCACCGCUGUGCAGGCCAUCGGUCGUAUCACACCCGAGGAUCUCGGCCUUUGGGAGGACGGUCACAUUGAGCCGCUCAAGCGCAUCACUCAGUUCGCACACGGCCAAAACCAGAAGAUCGCCAUCCAGCUCGCCCACGCUGGUCGAAAGGCAUCAUGCGUUGCUCCCUGGCUGAGCGCCAACGCCGUCGCCACCAAGGAAGUUGGUGGCUGGCCCGACGAGAUCGUUGCCCCAUCCGCCAUUGCCCAGGACCAUGUCAACCCCGUUCCCAAAGCCCUGACCCUCGUGGACAUUGAGAAGUUGAAGCAGGACUGGGCCGAGGCCGCCAAGCGUGCUGUCAAGGCCGGUUUCGAUGUGAUCGAAAUCCACUCGGCCCACGGUUACCUGCUCCACGAGUUCCUCAGCCCCGUCAGCAACAAGAGAACCGACAAGUAUGGCGGCAGCUUCGAGAACAGAACCCGUCUUGUCCUCGAGAUUGCCGAGGCCGUCCGCGCCGUCAUCCCCAAGGAAAUGCCCCUGUUUGUGCGCAUCAGCGCCACCGAUUGGUUCGAGUUCGACCCCAGCUCCAAGCAGGAGUUCCCCGAGACAUGGACCGUCGCUCAGUCUGCCGAGCUUUCUUCCCUGCUUGCGGAUCGUGGUGUUGACCUGAUCGAUGUCAGCUCCGGCGGUGUCCAUCCCAAGUCGGCCAGCGCCAUCAAGUCUGGCCCUGCCUACCAGGUUCCCUUCUCUCAGGACAUCAAGAAGGUUGUUGGCGACAAGAUUCUCGUAUCGGCUGUCGGUGGCAUCAAGACUGGUCAGCUCGCCGAGGAGGUCUUGCAGUCUGGCCUUGACGUGGUCAUGGCUGGCCGAUGGAUGCAGAAGAACCCUGGCCUGGUCUACCAGUUUGCUGAUGAACUGGAGGUUGAUGUCAAGAUGGCUAACCAGAUUGGCUGGGGAUUCGGCGGACGUGGCAACCGAGGCGCCCGCAAGAACCGCCUGUAA